AUUGUAUAAUUGCAUUUGUUGUGUUAAAAUCAGCCGCUAGAAAACGAGCAACGAGCCUUGGACCAAAUGGCACAAAUCCUGCUGAGAAACAUCACGAGGGCCAGCAAUUCUACCCUGCUGACUACAAGUAGGAUUGGCCCAAGUCCAUUGACAAUCCCCGCCGUCGCAGCCGCUAAUUCUUUAAGUCAACAACUACACACAACGUCGCCGUGCUGCGAGAUACGGAAACUUGCUCGACUGCGCGUCGUGGAUAACAGUGAUCUGGGCAAACGGGCGAUGGCUGAAGGCCGGCCACCCCGCUGCAUACAUGUGUACAAUAAACGUGGAGUCGGUCUGAUUGGUGAUAAGGUGCUGGUGGCCAUCAAAGGCCAAAUGAAGAAGGGCAUCUUGGUGGGCUUGAAGCAGAAGCAGCGACUGAAGCAGCCACAAUUUGAUAGCAACAACCUGGUGCUCAUCGAUGACAAUGGCAGUCCGCUGGGCACACGCAUCCACGUUCCGAUACCAACAGUGCUGCGCACGAUACUCAAGGAGAAAACGUUAUCAAAGGGCGCCGACUACACCAAGGUGCUGGCCAUUGCCAGUCGUUAUGUUUAGUUUGCUGUUGUGUUGUGAAAGCCGGUAAAGAUAAAUAAAGAGAACACCUAUUCAUUGUUA